AUGCCUCACGGUCGACCUGCAAAGCGCAGGCGCGUCACUCCUCCUACUGACGACAGUGUCCCCUCUGAGACCAUCAAGUCCAGUGAUCUCCUUGCCCGAGCAGCUGACUGGGAUUUGGAGCAAGAAUACGAACAGAGGUCGAGGAAUAAAAAGUCCAAGGAGUCAUCCAGACUACCCGUUUUCACUGCCGAUGGACGUGUACAGAAGUUUCAGGAGAAGCUGCCUGCGCUCGAGGACAAUUCCGAUAGCCUUUCAGGCUCUGGCCCGGAGUACGAAGACGGAGAUGGAGAUCAGGAUCAGGAAGUCGACACACCUCCCACUGAGAUGGAGCCUGUUCCUCAGGUCCCUUUGAAACAACAGAUCUUAACCGCGAAGGAGGACAUAGCUCGCAUCGCUGAAUUGCUCAACGAAGAUCCAGAAGAACAUGCGGGAUUGUUCAAGAAACUGGCCCUGGUCGCUGGACCACACGCCCCCGUGCCCGUCAGAAAACUAGUUCUUGCCGCACAGGCUGCAGUCUACAAAGAUGUCAUCCCGGGUUACCGAAUACGAGCGUAUCAAGAUGAAGAGCUGGGAAGCAAAAUAUCAAAAGACGUUCGGCAGACAAGGCAGUACGAGCAGGCGCUCGUCACAGGAUAUCACGCAUAUGUCAAACAGCUGGCUUCUCUCGCUAAAGCGAAGAAAGGCUACGAGGAUGAUUCGUCGCUAAGAAGUGUGGCUAUCAGCUGUGUCUGCACACUCUUACUUUCGGUGCCCCAUUUCAACUUCCGCACUGAGUUGUUGAACGUCUUAGUACGUGAGUUUGCGGGACGAGAGGCUACAUCUGAUCUCAAUAAAUGCAUUGAGACAAUGGAGAAAUUCUUUGCCGAGGACGAUGAUGGCGCCGCAUCCUUGGAAGCCGUGACUCUUGUCACGAAGAUGAUGAAAGCGAGAGACUACCGGGUGCGGGAAGAAGUCCUGAAUACUUUCUUCCAGCUACGUCUUCUGUCGGAACUCACGGCUCAAAGUUCGACAACCAAAACAGACAAACCUGAAGACAUGUCAAAGUUGCACGGGAGGAGAGUCAAAAAGGAGAAAUUCGAGCAUCGGUCCAAAAAGCAACGGAAAUUUGCGAGAGAACGCAAAGCCGUCGAGAAAGAGAUGCAAGAGGCCGACGCCACGGUGAACUAUGAGGAACGGGAAAAGAUGCAGUCUGAAACCCUCAAGAUGGUUUUCGUCACCUACUUCCGCAUCCUCAAGACUGGGAUCCCGCAUUUGAUGGGGGCGGUCUUGGAAGGACUUGCGAAGUACGCGCAUCUCAUCAAUCAGGAUUUCUUCGGGGAUCUGCUUGAAGCACUCAAAGACAUCAUUAGUGAAGCCGAUGCAGCGGUCAAGGGUGAAUUGGACGAAGACCAGAUUGAAAUCACGGGACUCUCCGCGCUUGACCUUGACAUCGACGCUGACACAACGCGCAAUCGAAUGCGUGAAUCACUCCUCUCAACACAAACAGCCUUCACGCUCCUGUCUGGUCAAGAUGCCUCCAAAGCGGCCUCGAGCCUACAUCUCGACCUGUCGUUCUUCACUUCCAACACCUUCCGAUCACUCUACCCGCUUGCGCUCGAUGCCGAUGUGGAAUUCGGGCCCAAGUCACUUCGGCUCGCAGACCCGCACCGGAAAGAAGGAACGAAAUCCAGCCUUGCUUCGCCAGCCAACAGCAACAAAGUCAACAUCUCGACCCCAAUACUACUGCUCACACGGGUACUUACGUCCAUCCUGCUGACGCCGUCACAACCACCCCCGAACAUGACGGCCGCAGCAUUCUACAAGCGGCUAUUGACGAUGGCGCUGCAGCUGCCAGAGAAAUCGACCCUCGCACUGCUGACGCUCAUGGCCAAGGUCGCCGACAAACACGCCCGCAAGAUCGAGCCGCUAUGGUACAGCGACGAGAGGAAGGGUGACGGGGUCUUCCGUGGCGAGAGUGACAGCGUCGAAGGCUCGAAUGUCCUGGCCACUGGGAGUGGUGUCUGGGAAGCAGAGUUGUUGCGGAAGCAUUACUGUCCUCAGGUGAGGGACCAAGUCAAGGGUAUUGACAAGGUGAUUGCUGGGUUGAAUAGAUAG